GCAACACCACUCCUUCUGUGCCCGAUAAUCAAGUGGAGCACCUCAAAUGCGUACGUAGCAUUAGACCCGAAGGAGGCCCGCUGAUUCCCGUGGCCGCGUGGCGUGCCGACACCCAUCAACCAAACGAUCGUACGUCCCCCUCUGGCCUACGUUUGUUGUCACCUUCCUCCUCUCUGUCCCUGCCACGUGGGUUCAAGGCUACUCCGACCGACAUUAUCAUGGCCAACAGGCAGCGAGGACGAGGCCGUCGUGCUGUUGGUGGCGGUGGUGGUGCUUCGACUUCUUCUGCGGGUGACCACAGUGAUGAUCCGACAAGCGCAACAAACAUCGGCGAGGUCUUGGCUUCGCACUGCGUGAAGGAGUGGGACGUGCCACUGAAGAACAUCACGUUGGCGGAGAACAGCAGGCAAACCAGCCCGACCGCGGUGCAGGAAGUCGUCGAGAGCAUCCAAUCUCAUGGAUGGGUGGAUAGCUUUCCGCGAGUGAUGUUCUCGGAUCUGACAGAAGGGCAAGAGAUGACCGUCGAGCUCGCGGCUACGCUACAUGCCGUUGUUAUCGAUGGAAAUCAUCGCUUGGCUGCCUGCAAGGAGGUGUACGGAGAAGAUCGGCUCAUAAGGUGCACGUGCUACCGGUUCAUCGCGGAUAGCUUCGCCAGGCAAAUCGCGUCUGACGUGUGCAACGUCACGACGGCCACCUUCCGAGCGCGGACGAUCUACGACCAGCUCUAUUUCUACAAUAGGAUGAUGACGUCGCUGAUGGCCCAGGAGAGCGAAUCAUCAUCAGCUCGCCGGCGGUCUUCUAAUAGUCGUUCGAAAUCGUCUGUCACCGCGGCUAAGCUAGCGGCAUGCUGGAAGGGGGCUGGUAGCCAGGCACCGGCAGCCAACACCCUUCGCCAGUGGAUUUCUAUCGUCAACGACACGGGCCAGGAAGCACUGGUGGCGCUUCGUGCCCUGACGGAUCAACGCGUUCCAGGUUACCAAAGCAUCACCAAGGCCUUCCUGGCCGACCCUCGCGUGCGGGAGUUGAAAGAAGAGCAGCCGCAAACCCAGGCCCUCCUUGUCGACAUUUACGCGAGGAUACCGAAGACGUCCAAGAAAGGAGAGCGAGAGGGGUUGGACGAGAUAGGCUGGGCGUUGGCUCGGGCGAAGAUGACGGCGUCUUGGGUCGAGGGUAUUGAGCACGUAGUGCCCAGGGACCAAUGGUCAGACAAGCUGAAGGGUACCGUCCGCGACUUCGCGUUCGUGAAGACCGGCCACUACGCUAACUACGUCAAGCCACACCAACUUGAGAGGGAGGCGGAGGUACGCGAGCUCCGCGAGUCGCUUCCUCCGCACGUCAAGGACCUCGACGAAGAUGUAGUGCUGGCCAUUCGCUCGAAGCUACAUCCCAGCAUCAGGAAGGUCAUGCGCGAAGACCUCAACUUUCGCCCGAUGCUCGUCGAGCACGAGGGACUGUACGAAAGCGCUUUGAACAAGGUCAGAAGCUUGAAGCUGCAAGUCACUCAGCCAGUGCAACCACGUCCACGACAACCCGUCGGCAACAACAACAGCGAGGGUCUUGGCUGCACCGUCUGCAAAGCACCAACCUCUUCGAGGGCUGAGUGCAUCCGCAUCAACGACGUGAUGCCGCUCAGUCGUGAUUUCCGCGUGGAAGGAUCCGACGCUGCUAUCGAGGUCGAUGGUGACAAGGCCAUGCUCUUGUUCGUCGCUCCCGGUGUGAACGACGAUCUACUCAGGGAAACUGCUCCCUGGAAAGACCGCCUGAACAAGAUCAUCUACCGCGUGUGCGACUUCUUGCACGAGCAAGGCACAAUGAUCGUCCACGUUCCUCACUCCUAUCUACACCAUGGUCGGCGCAUCUCGGGUCAGUGUUGUCUGUUGCUUUUUUCAGCUGCUUUUUUUCUCUUCUACGAGCUUUCACGUCAGCAUGGUCGUCGUCGUCUCGGUUUCGAGUUUUUUUUAGCGGGGAAUGACGUGGAGUUUGGAGCGGCUUUCUGGGCGCGAAGAUGAAGACGCUCCCGAUGCCCUUUGUCCCCUUCGUCACGCACGGACUAACAAGCGCCGUCCUUAUUCGAUUGUGUCUUGUUGCUUCUUCUUUUCUUCUCUUUUCACCGUGUAGACGCCCUCAAGCAGCCCG